AUAGAUCUUUAGCCUCCCCUGUCCCUCCCUCCCCUCCCCGUGGAUCUGAUUCUCAACACUCCGACAUCCCCCCUCCUCCCUGUCUCUCCUCCCUUUCUUCAACCUAAUCCUCGGAAAUACACUCAAGAAAGGUCAUAUCUUCGCAAUUUCUUCAACCCUGAUCAUAUACCAAUCUUUCAGACUAUUUUCUAUCCCUCUAUGGUGAUUAAUUUUAUCUUGAUUUCGAAUUCGAACCACCUUCUUAUCCACCGCCAAUCUUUUUGUUUGUUCCUAGAUUAAAAACCCUUUAUUGGUAUCUGUUUACCACCACAAACACAUAACAAAACGAAAUCACAAGCUAUACAGGACUACCGGGAAGAGUACCCGACAUAUUCGCAGGCUAGAUCGUAAUCGUGAAUGGAAGAGAGAGAAUUGGAGAAGUAAAAAAAAAUCAUAAAGUUGGAAAGGAAUGCUAUAUCUGAAGCAACCAAACUCCAUGUGUUCGGGGUUUUGUUACUGGGCAGAGUCUAUAUACAAUUAAACAGCCGCAGGGUUGAAUGUUCUUCUGAUUUGAUUUUUCGAACCGAGCCCUGAGGAGGAGGCUCGGAUCUGGAUUGGACAAGCAUCUGAUAGUAAUAACAAUGGCGACAGAUAAUGAGCAUAUCUCCCCUCCUUUUGAGGAACCAAUACCAUGCGUCUCUUUAAUGCCCGCGUCAGAAAGCGAGUCUAAUGUUCCUCUUGAUGAACCAUCCACCUCCCCGGUGGCUGCUCCACUUGCCUUUCUGCAAAAAUUCAGACUUUACGAGACUCGAUCGAAAUAUUACAUGGUAGGAAGAGACAAGAGUCGCAGAUACUGGAGGGUAUUAAAAAUUGACAGAAGGAUCCAUGAGGGUAAUAAAUCCACAGGUGGACUCAAAUUCAUCACCACUUGCUAUGGGAUUGUUGGUUUCAUUAAAUUUCUUGGACCAUAUUACAUGUUGCUAAUUACACAAAGAAGACCAAUUGGCUCAAUUGGUGGCCAUAUAGUAUAUGCAAUCUCCAAGACUGAAAUGAUAGCUCUAUCUGAUUCUGUAACUCAGAUAAAUUUAACUACUUGGAGACAUGAAAAUAGAUACAAGAAGCUUCUGUGUAUGGUGGAUCUUACAAAGGACUUCUUUUUCAGCUAUUCGUAUAAUAUCAUGCGUAGUCUUCAGAAGAACAGUUGUAAUGAUGAAACAGGAAAUGUUCUUUAUGAGACCAUGUUUGUUUGGAAUGAGUUUUUAACCCGUGGGGCCCGAAAUUCCCUCCAAAAUACUAUGUGGACAGUGGCUUUGGUUUAUGGUUUUUUUAAACAAGAUAAACUUUCAAUAUCUGGACGUGACUUCAGAUUGACUCUCAUUUCAAGACGUUCACGCCAUUAUGCUGGGACCCGGUACUUAAAACGAGGGGUAAAUGAGGAAGGAAGAGUUGCUAAUGAUGUAGAAACAGAGCAAAUUUUGAUUGAAGAUGUUCCAGAAGGAUCUCCUAUGAAAAUCAGUUCUGUUGUACAAAAUCGUGGAUCUAUUCCACUUUUUUGGUCUCAAGAAACUUCACGCCUCAAUAUUAAGCCUGAUAUUAUGUUGUCAAGGAGGGAUCAAAACUAUGAAGCUACAAGACUUCAUUUUCAGAAUCUUGUAAGGAGAUAUGGAAACCCCAUCAUUAUAUUAAACCUAAUAAAGACGAAUGAAAGAAGGCCUCGAGAGUCAAUCCUUCGUACUGAAUUUGCUAAUGCAAUUAAUUCUAUUAAUAAAGAUCUAUCAGAAGAAAAACGUCUCAAAUUUCUUCAUUGGGAUCUUCACAAACAUUCUAGAAGCAAAGGGACAAAUGCAUUGCUAAUUUUAGGAAGAUUGACUUCUUACGCGUUGACUUUGACCGGUUUCUUCUACUGUCAAGUUGUACCAGAAUAUAAACCCGAUGGGUGCUUAAGAUGGCCAUAUUUUGAAAAUGAAAUUGGCAAUGAUGUGAAGAAGGAAAAAGAAAAACUUUGUGUGGAAAAAGAUAACAACUUUGUUAGAGCACCAAUUUUCCAAAAAGGGAUUUUAAGGACAAAUUGCAUAGAUUGUUUGGAUCGAACAAAUGUUGCACAAUAUGCAUAUGGUUUAGCUGCUUUAGGACAUCAACUCCAUGCUUUAGAAGCAAUAACUUCUUCAAAACUUGAACUUGAUGAUCCUUUAGCAGAAGAAUUAAUGGGAUUCUAUGAGAGAAUGGGUGACACUCUUGCUCAUCAAUAUGGUGGUUCAGCUGCACAUAACAAGGUGUUUUCUGAGAGAAGGGGACAAUGGAAAGCUGCAACACAAUCACAGGAGUUUUUUAGAACUCUUCAAAGGUACUACAACAAUGCAUACAUGGAUGCAGAGAAACAAAAUGCUAUAAAUGUAUUUUUAGGGCACUUUCAGCCACAAGAUGGGAAACCUCAAGUGUGGGAAGUGGAUCCAGAGCAGUAUUCUACUGUAUAUGGGAAUGGACAAUCAAUGGUGGAUGAAGAUAGAAGGUCAUUGCAUAAGAAAUCAUUAUCAGAUGGAAAUAUGAUACGUGAGAGCAAGUUGCCUACUUCAAGCUCUAGUCUUGGAAAGAGUUUAGCUUCUUCUGAUCAAAACAAAAUGAUGUCUGAAUCUACACCUGAUGUAUUAGCAUGUGGAAGUGGCUUGAAAUACUCAAGGGAGGCUUUUGCUGACUUUAAAGAUGGAUCAUUUGAUCAUGAGAAAUGUGACUCCUUUGACUGCUCAAACUUUGUUGACCUAGAUUGGCUUUCAUGUGAACAACAGUUUAUGGACAGAUCGAUUUUCAAAAACUCUUCUUCAGUGGCAGCUGAAAAUGAAAUUGUAGCACAAACAACUCCUUCCACCAGUGAAUCCAGCAUGAAGGGGAGCAAGCAUGCUGAUGAUAAUGAUACCAAUGAUUUUGAAGUUGGUGAGGAAUUUUCAGAUAGUUUUCUGAGUUGGGUCAACAAUGGAGAGACUCUUUGUCAUUGAGACUGAUGCUUAUUGGGUCUAAAGUUAUAUUCUUUUUUCAAUUCAAUGGGAGGAAAUAUCAAUUAUCAAAUAUGGAGGACUGGUUUUGAAAACUACAUCCUUCUUUAUGCAAUAGUUGAGAGAGAAAAAGAGGCCAGGGUUAAUAGUGAAAGUUUCUGUUGUUGGUGGGUUGGUUUUGUAAAUAUAAAUGUAUCACUACUAUGAUGAGGUAUAGGAGAUACGAUGUUUGUUUCGGAAGCUG